AUGAAAGAAAAUGUGAAUGUCAGAUUCGUGCUUUUAAUUUUUUUCUUCGUGGUGUAUCUUUGCAUCGGGGGUGCAGUGUUCUCUGCUAUCGAAGGACCGGCAGAAGAGAAAAGGAAAGAACAAAUGUCACAUUUUGUCGUACAAUUUUUAAAUCAACACGAAUGUAUUCAUUUCAAAGAUCUGAAUGAAUUUAUCGAAGAAGUUGUCAAAGCUUAUGAAACAGGCGUGUCAGCGGUUAACAAUGCCACUGACAAUCCGAAGUCCUGGAACUUCGCUUCAUCGCUGUUUUUCGCAGCAACAGUAAUUACAACCAUCGGUUUGCCUCUAACUCUGCUUUUAAUUGGUGCUUCAGUUGAAAGGCUCGGUGUCAUCACAACAAAGUUUCUCAAAUAUCUUAUUUCUAAAUUAGGUCAUUUAUACAGAACAGUGACAAUACAGCUCAUACACAUUGCCAUUUUAGGACUCUUUAUCUUCGUCUUCUUUUAUAUCAUUCCUGCUAUAAUACUUGAUGCCUUAGAGCCUCAUUGGUCUUUCUUUGAAUCUGUGUAUUUCUGUUUUAUAUCAUUAACGACAAUUGGUCUUGGUGAUUAUAUACCUGGAGAGACGCACCAUCAUUUUAAAUACAGAGAUUUAUACAAAGUCUGCAUUGUUUGUUACCUGAUGCUUGGACUUAUAGCAAUGGUUCUCAUACUGGAAUUGAUGGUACAUAUCCCAGAGUUGAAUGCAGGUCUUUUAUUUAUGAUACCAAAACAUGAUCUUGGUGAGAAUACAGAAGAGCAGCAUUUACCAACUGAAUCAGCAUCUAUGUAUACCCUAAACACUGAAUCGCAGUCAGAUAAUGAUGAAAAACCUUUGACUAAAAAUAUCAAAUAAUAGUUAUUAUUAUACAUCUGUCACCGUAACGCCAUAAGUUACAGUGUGCUGUAAUUUUGCAGUAUUUUACAGAGUAUUUCAUCCUACCAUAUAAGGAAAUGCGAAUUCC